AUAUAAGCUAGCCAGGUUGACCAACAUACAUAUGCACACAUCCAUUCAGUUGGGUGACGGCGGGAGUGGGCGGGAGCAGCGGGGUGGAGCGCCUGCGCCCAGACAGCGAGCAUAACACAUGGCGGCGAACAGCCGCUAGGCGCCUUCGCCUUGUUGCACAACAACAAACCAAAAAGUGGGUGUGCGCCGACGAGCCCACCACCAGCACUGCCCCAGUCCCCCCCACCACCUGGGGGUCUAGUCAAGCCAGCUUUUGGAAUCAAGUCAGUAUUGAAAGUCUCUAACAACUGAUUUUCAACCUGAAACUGAAAACUAAAAUCACUGUUUAGUUUAAUAUUCCGAAAUCAAGAAACCAUAACAAAACACCUCAUACAUUUAAUAUUAGAAAAUAAUUGAGAUACAAGAUGCAAAGAUUCAAGAACAAUGCGAGCAUAUAUCGAAGCAAUUCCAUAGUGCCAUCCGAUUAUCGUACCUAUGGACUCCUCAAGGCGCUUCGCUCGAAUACUCCCAAUCCCGUUGCCAAGACCUCUGUGGAUCGCGACAAGCUUAGGGAGAAGCUGCAGCGUAUGUCGAAUAUAGAAAGCUCCAAUGAAGACGAAUCUUCAAUGUCCAGUGGUACUCUCAAGUCCGGGAUGUCCUUGACUAAGUCGGAGUUUGAGAAGAAGCGUAAGCUGUUCGAUACCGCCGAGUUCACAAUCGCCAAGGGGAAGAAAAUGAGUGAAAACUUCCAUCCGAAUAGCCCAAUACAUGGAGAUACUGUGGAGCGCACGAACAUGGAUGAUAUCAAACGAUAUAUACACGAAAUGCGCCUUACCAUCAGCAGAUAGAUGUUUUUCAAAAUAGUACUUUAUGUA